GUCUAUCUCUCUCUCUCUCUCCCGAGUCCUGUGUGCGAUCUUCCCAGUAAGAAAACUAGCUUUUUGAAGAAGGGGGGUCUGAUCUGUUCAAAAAUUAAAGAACCCAUCUCCAUUAAUUUGGCAUUUUUCCAAGGACGGGGCGGAGAGAGAGAGAGAGAGAGAGAGAGGACGCGAGGGCGUGUGUUUAUGUACUUUGUGAGACAAUGAGAGAGAAAACGCGGGACGAAAAAUGAGAGGUACUGAGGGGCCAGAGGAGUUCUUGCGCCCUAGAUCACUGGGUUCCCGCCAAAUCAUCAUCUCCGUCCAACACACUGAUAGAUAUUAAUCGGGUUUGAAUUCGAAAUCCAUGGCAGGAUGGUCGAUUUUGGCUGAUGGGUCAGUUCUAGAGUGCCUUGAAAUAGUUCGUUACCUUCAGAGUAAUGGCUUCUGCUUGGGUCUUGAUGCUUCUGUAAAUGAAAGUCUUUCUGGUUGCAAAGAUAAGCUUCGAUGCUUGUUCGAUCACAUUCUUACUGUUUUUCUCAAAGAGAUAUCUACCGGGCAAGAACUUCGGUCCCUACCUUCAAUGCUUGGAGAUGGACAGUGUGUGGAUUUGUUUAAACUCUUCUGGGUUGUGAGACAUAAGGGCGGAUACGAUUGCGUGUGUAAGAACGAACUGUGGUCUUCUGUGGCAGAAGAAUCCGGCCUUGGCUCGGGAGUCGCGUCGUCUCUGAAACUGAUAUACGUCAAGUAUUUGGAUAUAUUGGAUCGAUGGUUACAGAGAAUAUUUAAAGAUAAGGGCUUAAGAAAAGGUUCAUCGGACAGUGGUGGAGAACUAGGUGUGUUACCCGCCGAGCUACGGACCGAGUUUGAAGGUAUGUUAUCGGAGCUGUCUGAUCAAAUGAAGAUAGAUGGCGGACGCGUUCAGUUGGAUUCAGGGAAGAAUGAGUUUCUCUUGCCAGCUAUGGAUUCAAGGACUCGUGAGUUUCUCUUACCAGCAAUGGAUUCAGGGAAGCAUGAGUUUCGCUUGCCAUUUACUGGAGACUCAGAUUACACACUUGAGGUGCCUAGUGCAAUGCAAGCUGAUGAUGACAAGAAUUAUAUUGAAGAUGACAAAGAAGUUGAGAUGUUGGAUUGCAGAGCUGACAUCGUCUCUCGCAAGAGGGAGCGAGAGUGUUUAUUGUCAGGAAUGCUGAAUUGGGUUAUUGAGGCUGCCAAAAAUCCUUGUGAUCCUGCCAUUGGAAAAAUACCUGAAUGGUCUGAGUGGAAAUCUCACGAAGGUAAUGAGUUCUGGGUGCAGGCUGUGUUGGCUCGAGAAUCACUGUUAAUGAGAAAGCUGAUUUGCUCAACUGUUGAACAAUCCAUCUUGCAGAAAAAGCAAAAGGUGCAUCCGUCCAUGUACGAGGAUCCGAUUGCCAGCAAUCAUCAGUCAACAGAAAGAUUGAGGUGCAGCCAGAGAAUCAUUUUGAAAAAUUCUCUCUCACCUGCCCCUUCCCAGUCAUCUUCUGCCACUCAAAGUAAUCCAAAAAUGAACCUUCCUUCUUGCGUUGCAGUGCUGGAAAAUUACAACAGAAAAUCACAUGUGUCUGCUGAUUCUUCAACUCCCAUUAGAAUUGGUGUCUUUGGCGAUGAUCACCUCCGACAACAUGUUGCUGUAGGUCCACUUUGUCAAGCUCAAGUGCCAAAUUGGACUGGUGUUCCUUUAGAAAGUGACUCUAAAUGGUUAGGGACACAGGUUUGGCCACUGGAAACAGGUCAAUAUUAUACACUCAUUGAAAGCGAUCCUAUUGGAAAGGGUAGACAAGAUUCUUGUGAUUGCCGACUUCCAGGUUCAGUUGAAUGUGUCAGAUUUCACAUUGCCGAGAAAAGGAUGAGACUGAAGAUUGAACUAGGAUCUGCGUUCCAUAUUUGGAAAUUUAAUUAUAUGGGUGAAGAGGUUUCACUUUCAUGGACGGAGGAAGAAGAAAAGAGGUUCAAGGCUGUAGUAAGAUUAAAUCCUCCAUCUCUGGACAGGAGUUUCUGGGACCCAAUUUUCAAAUGCUUUCCAAACAAGAGGAGGAAAGACUUGGUGAGCUAUUACUUCAAUGUAUUUCUUCUUCGGCGCCGUAGUUACCAGAAUCGUGCGACUCCAAAAAGUAUUGACAGUGAUGAUGAUGAAUCAGAGUUUGGAUCUGUGAGUAAUGGUUUUGGGCAUGAAGCGGUAAAGGUUGCAGACUCCAACCCUGUUGUCUGUGUUCAAAAUGAGCAGUGUAUUGAUUUGGAAGAACACCCCUAGGUGGAUUGGAAAUCUAGAUUCUGCUCAGAAGUGCUCUGUGUCAAUCAAUGAUUUUCAAUGGAAAUUAAGACGGGGUUUUUUUCUUCCAAUUCCCUGGUACAGCAUCAAUCACAACCUCUGAAAAUUGGAUUGCUGAUGGGCUAAAGAUCUUUGUAGUUUUAUGGGUGAAACAAUUUUGGACAGAUGAUAACACCCAUGCUGGAGCAAAAUGCUGUGAGUUGGUUCUUGGUGGUGCAUGAUGCAGAAGUUUGUGGAAUUUCUCGAAAUUGAAGCAUGAGACACAAGCCAGUUAUUUCUUACUCUCGCAGUAUAUGUUUUCAUGAUAUGCUGUUUCACUCUGGUGGGUGAAGCAUCAUCUAGUACCGAGACCAAAGAGGUAUCCUGGGAUUGCAUUUUAUCUAUUUAAAUCUUUGCUUGGUAAAGCAAGGCUAACUCAAACUUGAAGAAUAUGCCAAAAACACACACACACACACAAACA